AUGCCUCGUAAGGCCUCGUCGACCUCAGAUUCGCGCCUCAAAUGGCGCAAGCGGAAGCGCAACCCGGACGCGUCCCCGUCCAAGCCCUCCACCUCGGCCGCCGCCGCCGCGGCCGACCACUCCUCCGACUCCGACUCCGCCGACGAGGACGCCGCCGUCCACGGCGCGGCGGGGGACGGGGCAGCCGGCGACGACGACGAUGCUCCCGCGGCGUCCGAAGACCCCGCGCUCGCCCUCCUCGAGGCCGAGGUGCUGCCCUCGGCCGAGGCCAUCUCUGCGUUCCCCGCCGCCAAGCGCCGCGUGGUCAACCGGCCGUAUCCGUCCGUCCUCGCGCUGCUCGAGGCCGAGCGAUCCGCUUCUUCCGGCGAUGUCCCGACCGUGGCACCGCCGGCGCUAGAGAACAUCUCGCACGGGCAGCUGCAGGUGCUGUCCGGGGUGCUUCCGGACCACCCGUCCCUUGGUACAGACCCCGACAAGCCGUCCUUGUAUGUGUGCACGCCGCCUCCCCUCAUGGAGGGGCAUGGGGUGCCCAAGCAGUUCCAGGGUCGCCUCCAUGUGGUGCCCAAGCACUCAGAUUGGUUCUCCCCGGGGACAGUUCAUAGGCUGGAAAGGCAGGUAGUGCCACACUUCUUUACUGGCAAGUCUCCAGGGCACACUCCGGAGAAGUAUGUCAUGUUAAGGAAUAAAGUCAUUGCCAAAUACUUAGAGAACCCAAGCAAGAGGCUUGCUUUUGCUGAGUGCCAGGGGCUUGUUGGGAGCACAGCUGAACUGUAUGAUCUGAGUAGGAUUGUUAGGUUCUUGGACACUUGGGGCAUCAUCAAUUACCUCGCGGCUGGGUCUGUGCACCGUGGCCUGAGGAUGGCAACUUCGCUUCUAAGAGAGGAACCUACAGGGGAACUGCAGUUGCUUACAGCGCCAUUGAAAUCAAUCGAUGGUCUAAUUUUGUUUGACCGGCCAAAAUGCAGCCUCCCAGUGGAGGACAUUUCUUCUAUGGCAGCGUCUUCGUCUAACUCGGAGGCUGUGGAUUUUGAUGCUGCAUUUGCAGACUUGGAUGCAAAGAUCAGGGAGCGUUUGUCUGAGAGCUCUUGCAGUUAUUGCUUACAGCCUUUGCCAAGUUUACAUUACCGGUCACAAAAGGAGGUGCGCUUCUUUGUAACAUCCAUUUUACAUGUUUUAUGUUAA